AGGGAUCAACGCUGCCGCUGUGCACGCACUGUCAUUACAAUGAUCGCAAUACAACAGGAUCAACUAAUAACAGGCGCAUACAAUGCAGGCAACACGUUGCCAGCGUAUAUUCUUGAGAACUACUACCAGUAUCGAUGAUAGCGCGAGCAGCAGAGGCGCGCGAAGGUUUAUGCGCCAGAGUGGGCGCGUCGGGCCUGGGACGGUUAUUGUUGAAAUCGGCGUGGAACUCUCCUACCUUCUUCGGCACGAUAACGCCCCGCCCCCGCCCGGCGCGGUGGGUGGGCACCGAUAUAACCGCAGUAUGGGUGGUAUCGUCACGGACCACCAGUGGCUACUGCCGCAUGGCACAGGGAUGUCGAGGAUGUAUCGCGGUGUCACUAGCGAGCGCGAGCGCGAGAUUAUAGCUGCGGAGCGGCAGCGUGAACGCAACCUCGAAUAUGGCCCCGUGCCCCUACAGAAUCCGCCGCAGAGCAGCGCGCAGCGUCGACGCCGCGGGGCGUGCGAGAGUAGCUCAACUUGACGGAGUGCGACAAGAUGCGUGAUCGUCAUCUAGGCUGGUAUUAAGUGAUCGGGAGAUAGCGAGGGAGAGCAGAGGGAAAUACGGAGGGAGGGGGAGAAGGAUAUGUAGCGCCCGCCACGCCAAGUACCAACACCCAGAUCGCAAUCGUGAGAGGGAGGAAGAAGGGGAUGGCCCUAGCUCAGG